AGUUUGUGAACGAGCCAAUGAAAGCAUCGCCCGGUGACACGUGACUGGAAGUUUAUCACGUGAGCGAAUGUUUUCUUCUCCGCUUGUUGGCAGGAAAGCCGGAAGAAAGCGGCUCAUCUUUCUCACUCCGUUCCACCAGCAGCUGGCUGUAAGAAUAAAGAAAAAUGAGGCUGGUAAUCCUUGACAAUUACGACCUGGCCAGUGAAUGGGCAGCCAAGUACAUCAGGAAUCGCAUUGUCCAAUUCAAGCCUAGUGCCGAUAGGUACUUUACACUAGGUUUACCUACAGGAAGCACCCCGCUUGGCUGUUACAAAAAGUUAAUCGAAUACCACAAAAAUGGGGAUAUGUCUUUCAAAUAUGUUAAAACUUUCAACAUGGAUGAGUAUGUUGGGCUACCCAGAGACCACCCAGAGAGCUACCACUCCUAUAUGUGGAACAACUUCUUCAAGUAUAUAGACAUUGAUCCCGCGAAUGCCCACAUCCUGGAUGGCAACGCCGCAGACCUGCAGAAGGAAUGCGAGCUGUUUGAGCAGAAGAUUGCAGAUGCCAGAGGGAUAGAGCUGUUCGUUGGAGGUAUUGGACCUGAUGGGCACAUUGCCUUUAAUGAGCCUGGUUCCAGCCUUGUGUCCAGGACUCGAGUGAAGACUCUGGCUCAGGAUACCAUACUUGCUAAUGCCCGUUUCUUUGGGAAUGAUCUAUCCAAAGUCCCCACUAUGACUUUGACUGUGGGGGUCGGAACAGUGAUGGAUGCUAGAGAGGUUCUGAUCCUGAUCACAGGAGCCCACAAAGCGUUUGCCCUGUAUAAGGCCAUAGAGGAGGGAGUGAAUCAUAUGUGGACAGUCUCUGCCUUCCAGCAGCACCCAAGGACCAUCUUUGUAUGCGAUGAGGAUGCAACCCUUGAACUUAGAGUCAAGACCGUCAAGUAUUUUCAAGGGCUGAUGCACGUGCACAACAAGUUGGUGGAUCCUCUCCACAGCAUCAGGGCCUACAAAGACUGAAGAAGUGCACCUAAGGCUGGCCAAUGGGAAACACUCUAUAGACGUCUGAAGGCGCAUUAUGACCUAUGCAUAUCAGUCACUUUGUCAACACAAACGAUUCUGUACUGUAGAAGGGACUCCUUCAGUCACUGUGAAGGUGCUGAGAUCUGUUUGAGGCUCAGACUUGCACAUCUUUCUACAUUUAGUUCAAAAAAAGACAUUUAGCAAGUUGGUAUGUUUUCAUUUAUAAUCUCUUUGUAGGUCCAACUCUUCAGCUAGACCUCAACAUACUUAGCCAGUGGUAGGGCUCGUGCACUACACAUCUGUUACUGGUUCAGAUUGUCAGAACUGGGUCUCCACACUCCAUCACCUUUCUCUGUAACAGGACGUGCUGAGGUGUCAGUACUGUAUGUCCAUACCCUGGCAUAUUACCAUUAACCUUCUUGCACUGUGCUCAGUAUCAUGGUGCUCAGUGUCAUGGUGAGGUCAUUUACUCUACGCUCCUAAGCUGGUGCAGUCUGGUCAUUCCUGUUUAAUAUACUGCACACAACAGCAUUUGAUAUCUGUCUUACAUUUUGCUAAUUCUAUUCCUGGGAGGUAAGACUCUUGCCUUUCCUCUGUGUUCAUGAUGAGACCACAGUAAGCAAGUGAAAUGGGAGAUAUUGUUACCAACAUUGUGCAUGUGUACCUGUUUAAUCUUCUCUGAGCACACAGGGGACCAUUUGCGUUUUUUGUAAUCCUCUCUCCUCCACCCCUUUUUCAUGGCCUUCCUUGUGUUGACUUUUGGCCAAUUAGGCUGCAUGACACAGAGAAUGUCAUUCGCUGAUUGCGCCUGACCACUGAGCUGUCCUUACAAUAAAAAGAAUUCUUGUAUUUUA